AUGGCAGACAUCGAAGAAAAGCAGCGCGCCGUCGGCACAGAGACUGAAGUCGAAAAUGCCGUCAACUAUACUCCGGAGCAGAUCCAGCACCGCUUCGAGACCCUUCGCGUCUCAGCCAGGCUGAUGCCGAUGAUGACACUCAUGUUCUUGAUGAACUAUCUUGACAGAAUCAACGUCUCAAACGCACGUCUCGCAGGUCUUCAAGAAGAUCUUCACAUGUCUGACACGGUCUGGAACGCCGGCAUCUCUACCUUCUAUGUUGGAUAUCUCAUUGGCCAGCUUCCCGGAAACCUGUUGUUGGCUCGAUCUGAUCCGAAGUACUUCUUGCCCGGUGUCAUGCUUGCCUGGAGUAUCGGAACAAUUUGCAUGCCUGCUAUGACCAACGGCGUCGGCUUCUGCAUGGUCCGCUUCUUCAUUGGCUUGACCGAAGCUCCAUUCUUCCCAGGCAUCACCUUGAUCACCUCUUCAUGGUACAACAAGGAAGAGAACCCGACACGCAUGGCUAUCUGGCACGCCGGUAACACUAUGAGCAACAUCCUCUCUGGCUUCCUGGCUGCAGGCAUCUUGGAACAUAUGGGCGGUAUCGGAGGCCUACACUCAUGGCAAUGGUUCUUCCUCCUUGAGGGCAUCGCCUCAGUGGUUGUCGCAAUCGCCGCGUUCUUCGUGCUUCCGUCAUGGCCAUCCACCACAAAGUUUCUUACCCAACAACAACGCGACAUGGCCCAGUACCGAGUCCUUGUCAGCAAUGGUGGCGUCGAAGAACAGGUUGGCGGUACGUGGGACGGUGUGCGAGAAGCCGUGAGAGACCCAUACACGUGGUAUUUCUGCGGAAUGCACUUCGCUCUGGUCACUGCACAGUCCUUCAAAGACUUCUUCCCAUCGAUCAUGAAGACCUUCGGCUUCGACAAGAUGACCACAUAUCUCGUUCAAGCACCUCCCUACGCUAUUGCUUACGCGACGGCUUGCGCCGUGGCGUGGUCAUCAGGACGUCGGCAAGAAAGCUUCUGGCACAUCAACAUUCCAAUCUGGGCAUCCAUGCUGGGCACAGCUCUGCUGAUCUCGGUCUCAAACGUUGGCGCUCGCUACUUUGGUGCCAUCCUCCUCAUCUCUGGCACUUACAACGGCCUGAACUUGCAGCUGAGUUGGGAGACUACACUCGUCCCUGCUCCCCGAAGCAAGAAAGCGGCUCUGAUCGCCAUCGCCAACUGCGUAUCGCAGACAUCUCAUUGGUUCUCACCAUACUUCUUCCCAACGUCGCAAGAGCCAUACUACCGUCUUGGAGGCAGCUUGAUCCUGGUCGGUUGUGCUCUGACCACUGCGGUCUCGGUUGGCAUAAUCUGGCGAAGCAAGAAGCUGAACAAGAAAUUGGAUGAAGCCGAGGGAUGGACUCCCGAUUGUGGACGCGAGAGAGGCUGGCGGUAUGUGAACUAA